UAUUCGCGAAAGUUGCAGUAACACCACGCAGAUUAGAUGUGUGUCACGGGCCGUAUCGAUUGCUGCGCUAGUUUACAACAACCGCAUCGCUACCUGCUCACUGUGGAAACGUAACCAUUUACGCUCCGGAACCGAAGCUCACGCCGACUACACAUUCCUUUAGUUUCGUGAGAAAUCAAAAGCGGCACCAUGAAUUCCUUUCUGCGCGGAUCGAUGAACUACGUCUGGUGCACGACCAGCGUGCUGGGCAAGGGUGCGACCGGGGCCGUCUUCCAGGGUGUGAACAAGCACAACGGGGAACCGGUGGCGGUGAAAACGUUCAACCAGCUGAGUCAUAUGCGGCCACCGGAUGUGCAGCUGCGCGAAUUUGAGGUACUACGAAAAGUGAAGCAUAAUAACAUCGUAAAGCUGCUCGACAUCGAGGACGACCAGGAAGGCCGCGGCAAGGUGAUCGUGAUGGAGCUGUGCACGGGGGGAAGUUUGUUCAACAUUCUGGACGACCCGGAAAACACUUACGGAUUACCUCAGCGCGAGUUUCUGCUCGUGCUGGAGCAUCUGUCGGCGGGGAUGAAGCAUCUCCGCGACAAUAACCUGGUGCACCGCGAUCUGAAACCGGGAAACAUCAUGAAGUACAUCUCGGAGGAUGGGCAAACGAUCUACAAACUGACGGAUUUCGGGGCGGCCCGUGAACUGGAGGAAAACCAGCAGUUCGUGUCACUGUACGGCACGGAAGAGUACCUGCACCCGGAUAUGUACGAACGGGCAGUACUGCGCAAAUCGAUCAAUCGAAGCUUUACGGCCAACGUGGACCUGUGGUCGAUUGGGGUCACGCUGUACCACGUGGCGACGGGCAAUCUACCAUUCCGGCCGUACGGUGGUCGGAAGAAUAAGGAAACGAUGCACCACAUCACCACGAAGAAGGCUCCGGGUGUCAUUUCCGGGACGCAGACGAGCGAAAAUGGACCGAUUGAGUGGUCGAAGCAGUUGCCGCCACAUUGCCAACUGAAGGCGGGCCUAAAGUACCUGGUCACGCCACUGUUGGCCGGACUGCUGGAGGAAAGCCAAACGCGCAUGUGGUCAUUCGAUAAGUUCUUUGUAGAGGUGCAAAACAUUCUCAACAAAACGGUGCUGCACAUUUUCUACGUUAACCGGGCCGUAUCGAUCGAGGUGUACCUGGAACCGGAACAAUCCUUCGUGCACCUGAGGGAGCACAUUCUGGCGCAAACGGACGUACCUCACGCUUCGCAGUUGCUGUUGCUCGACAACGAGCUAUUCGAGGUGAAGGUGGGCUCCAACACGAGCGCUCGCGGCUAUCCGCCAACCGAGGCAAUCAGUCCGGUGAUGCUGUUCAAUACCGAAAACUACAACGUUAUCCUACCGACCGAGUGGGAUCUGCCCAAGUUUCCGACCUUCCCGAACGGCGUUUCGGUAGAGAACGAUGCGAGCUUGGCCAAGGUGGCCUGCAGUGUGGGACAUGAGUGCAAACGGCGCAUCGAAAACUUUUCGCUGCUCGAUGCUCUGAUGAACAAGGCGGUACUACAAUCAUCCGGAUUCCUAAGCGGUCUGCUGGAAAAGCUACUAAAACGAACGCAACACCUGGAAGAAAUCCAACGAGUGAUCUACGAACUGGCCAAAAUGUUUGAAGUUGCUGCGACGAAUCACGAAACGUACCAAAAAGCGGCGGGGUCUAUUCUGGCAAACUACAAGAUAAAAAAAUCCGACUACCAGACCGUGUCCGAACCGAUCCAGCAGCUUCACGCGCGCUUCGUCAAGGAAGAGACGCUGGUGCGCGAGUGGAACUCCGGCUACCGGGGGCUGCGGACACCGAACAAGAACCGUGACAGUGAGAAGUCGAAGUCGCUCGUCGAUCGCUUGCGCGAUUCAUGGCAGCAUCUGCUCCGGGACCGGGCGACCCGUUCGCUCACCUACAACGACGAACAGUUUCACGUGCUGGAGAAGGUGAAAAUCACCGAAACGGGCAAACGGCUAAAGGCGCUGCUGAACGAUGCAGUUCGGCAGGCGGUCGAGCAGGAGGCCGAGUGCUUGGCGGACUGGUACAAGAAAGCACAAACCAUCUUCCUGCAGGCCAAGUUCCUACACAACGACGUCGGGGCGAACAUGGACGCGUUCUACGAUAUACGCGAUCAACUGCUGCAGCACCGGGAGGACCUGAAAGAGGACAUCAGCACCGACGGCGAGGUAUCAACGCUUGCCAGCAAACCGAUGCCGGCCACGAUGGGACCGUCGCCGGAAGGGACCGAUGCCACGGUGGAUAAGAGUCAGUUGACGCGCAAAAACCAAUAUAGACUGUUGUGCUACACGCAUUUGUGUAGCCAGUUGAAAAACACCAACACCAUUGUGCAGGAAAGCGGCGAGCUUUUGCACGCAAUACAAGGGCUCCUAGCGGAAGCCGGCGAAUGACACGGGACACGCAGCAAAGUUUGGCGAUAGCUGUGAUGUUCCGAUAUAACCUGCGAUGAUAGCAUAAGCUGAUUCUAUUAGACUAAGGUUUAUUCGAUUAUUUGUCCGUAUGUAUUCCCCGCUCUUGCGGUGCCGUGUUGGUCCCGGA